AUGGACCAGACGCCCCAUCAAGACUGUCAUGGACCAGACGCCCCAUCAAGACUGUCAUGGACCAGACGUACCAUCAAGACUGUCAUGGACCAGACGUCCCAUCAAGACUGUCAUGGACCAGACGUACCAUCAAGACUGUCAUGGACCAGACGUACCAUCAAGACUGUCAUGGACCAGACGUACCAUCAAGACUGUCAUGGACCAGACGUACCAUCAAGACUGUCAUGGACCAGACGUACCAUCAAGACUGUCAUGGACCAGACGUACCAUCAAGACUGUCAUGGACCAGACGUACCAUCAAGACUGUCAUGGACCAGACGUACCAUCAAGACUGUCAUGGACCAGACGUACCAUCAAGACUGUCAUGGACCAGACGUACCAUCAAGACUGUCAUGGACCAGACGUACCAUCAAGACUGUCAUGGACCAGACGGCCACCUCCUCCAAGGGCCACCACCUCCAAGGGCCACCUCCUCUAAGGGCCAUCUCCUCCAUGGGCCACCUCCUCCAAGGGCCACCUCCUCCAUGGGCCACCUCCUCCAAGGGCCACCUCCUCCAAGGGCCACCUCCUCCAAGGGCCACCUCCUCCAAGGGCCACCUCCUCCAAGGGCCACCUCCUCCAGGGGCACCCCCUCUAAACUGUAUGUCAGUGCUGCUCCUGGCUGUGUGGGCUCUGCUCAUGGUGUUGGUGUGUGUGGAGCUGCGUGGCAGUGACAGGGCGAGCGCGGCGCCCAUUUGUGUCCACGGCCAGGCGGGGUGCCACUUCCUCUCCCUGGCAGACCUCUUUGACCGGGUCAUCCAGCACAGUGCCAGGAUGCACAGCAUCUCCAGUGACCUGCACUCUGAAUUCGAGCAAUAUGUUCUGCCAAGCAGAAAUCAUAUUGGCAGGAUAAACCGCCACUGCCAUACAGCCACCAUACUAACCCCUAAUGGCAAAGAGAACGCGCAGAGACUGGCUAGAGAGGAGUUAACGGAGGUGAUUCUGAAGCUGCUGGUAGCAUGGAAGGAUCCUCUGUGGCAGUUCCACCAGAACAUGGUUCACCAGGAUGACUUCAACAACUUCAGCUCCAACAAAGCACUGGAGAUGAGCUACAUGGUGCACGAGCUCCGCAAGGGAGUCGAGAAGGUGGCUGAUAAGAUGCAGCACCUGGGGAUGAUCAGUAACUCCCUGAGUGGCCUGUCCUCCCCUGAGGCCUUGGACCCCUCGUCAGACACCAGCGGAGAGUCCCAGGCCAUGAGCGACCACGACCUACUCUACUGCUUCAGACGGGACUCCAACAAGGUCCAGAACUAUCUGAAGAUCCUCAAGUGCAGGAUCGUACCUGAGAACGGAUGCUGAGAUGUGAAGACAAGACAAGAGGCGUGACUUUCACAAGCUACCGUGUCAAUCAAGGAAAUCAAGGACACAUCAUGAAUAGACACGAUGAUAAGACCGGGAGAAGAGACUGGGACUGUGGCACUUUCCUCCUCCUGACAAGUCCAACGAUAACUUCCACCAGCGACAACAUCUUAAUGUCUUCUAUGUACUGUAUUUAUGUCAUGUCACAGAGAAAUAUAGUACAGAUGUACGAUCUUAAUCUGAUCACCCUGUUGCAGGAGAACUUUCCUGCAAUGCAGUCCAUUUAAACAUGUAGUGUAUUUGAGGUUUCAAAAAGGCUUCUAAAGUUCGUCAUUUUCACUUUGAAAUUUCAGACUUGAUUUUCCCUAACGACAAAUGUGUCAAGCCAUACAAAAAAUAUCAUGAAUUAUAAUCCACGUAAUAAUUCACAUUUACUUUGCUGCAGGAUUAUUUUCCUGCUGUAGAAAACUGGCUCAAAUUAAAUCCUACACCUGUAUGUAACUUAUCUUGAUGAUGAAAACUUGAAUUUUCCCUCAGAGUUUGGGGGGCAGAGCCACUGGAGUAGAAUAUCAUAAAUACUGCCAUGACCAUAUCACCUUUAGGUUUAGAGUACAUGCAUGUUUCAUAUAAUUAAUCCAUUUCAUGUUUUAAAUGUACAGUUUCAAGAGGGAGAUGGGCUGUAACUCAGAAAGAAAUUCAUGGAAAUUAACUAAUGUUGUUUAUUUUUUAUUUCUAAGACCAACUAGACAUGAAAUGUUCUUUCAAAUAAAUACAUUGUGACAAAA